CGCUGCGCCGCACCCGCCGCUCCAACAUGGCCGCCCGCGGGGCGCCGGAAGCGCCGCCGCUUCCGCUUCCUGUCCCUUUCCGCGGGCCGCGGUCAAGCCCACAGUCACGGAGCGCAUUGGGUCACGCCCCCGGGUACCGCCCCCCCGCCCCGCCCCCGCCGUGUCCACGGCAACGGCGGCGAGGGCCGUCCCCGGGCCGGCAGGGGGCGCCGCUGGCGGAAGCGGCGCGGGCGGAAGCGGCGCCGUCACCAGGUAACGGGGUCGGUGUCGGGGCGAUGAGCGGCGGGGCCGGGCGACGGCGGCGCCUGGUUCUGCACGUGGACCUCAACAACACGGUGGUGGUGGCGGACACGGUGACGGGGCAGGCCCCACGAGCGGCGCUCAACACCUUUCUCAGCACCGUCACCUGGGGCCGCGUCGGGGCUGCCGGCGAGUGGGAGUGGGUGAGCGACCGCCCGUCGCUGCGCCCCCCGUGCCCCGGCGCCCUCAGCUACUACAGCCGCCACGGCCGGGACCCCACCUUCACCGAGGCCGGCCCGGGCCGGCGCUUCCGUGACCUCCACGCCCGCCACCUGCGGCUGCUGGAGUGGCCGGGCCGGCCGCACGACGCCUUGUCGGUGCCAGGGGAGCCCGGCAAACGCUACCACCUGAUCCUGCCCUCCUUCUUCCGCCUUCUGGACACGCUGCACCGGGAUGGCAGGGCCUUCGCUGUUGUCUUCAGGACCUUCGGCACCGACCUGCCCCGUGCCCUGCAGGCCGUCAGCAGCGCUCUGGACGGGCAGCACCCCCAGUUCCCUGCCCUGCGGGACGUGGCGCUCCCUGUGGACCUUACCCCUGGCCAAAUACGCUGCAGCAAGCGAGAGGUGGUGCUAACACGGGGAUCAGAGCGUCUGGCCACCCAGGAAGAUAGAAGAAAGCUUUACAACUACUUCAGCUCCUUUGAGGGAAUUGGAGGCUUCCAAGACCACUUUGACUGGUGGGCUAGAAAUAAGUUCUCUUCCCAGGGUGGGAAGCCCCUGUGGAUAGAUCCCCAUGAUCCUGACAUUCACCACAUCUUCAUUGAUGACAACAUCCGGCUGGACGAUGGAGACACCAUUGUUCACCCCCAGGUGUUCUGGGAACAGGGCAUCAGCAGUCCCAGGAGCGUGCCCACCUCGGCGCUCUACAACAUUUGCCUGGUGCAAACCAAUCUGCUGGAGGCCAUUGCUGAUGAGGACUAUUUCCUGCGCUGUGUGAGGAGGUGCGAGGAGAACUAUGACCGCUACCUGGCCUGCAUGGAGAAGGACAACCCAAGCCAGCAGUGGGAUGGACAUUGAUACCACCUCAUGGGGCUGAGUGGCUCCAGACUGGGACACCACCCGUUUCCUGCUGCAUGCAGUCAAAGUCCCAGGCAGGCUCCUGCUUCAAGCUGUUACCUCUCCAAUGUGCAAUGUGGGUGUUCAGUCCUAUCAGGAGCUUCCAUGAGCAAACACAAGCGUCCUGGGAGCUUAUGUGAUGGGAUUCUUGGAGGAAAUGGUUUUCCAGUCUUUGGCAGUGUUGCCUGUGGUGCCCACUUCUGUGUGAGGGCUGGGGCUCACCAUCCCUCCACAGUCACCAGGCAGGUCCCUUCCACCAUACUGUGAUGCAGGCAGCCUCACAGUGUUCGCACCUCACUUCCCGCUCCUGCAGUGAUAGCUGGUGCAGAGCAGGUGCCAGGAUGAGUGCAGUGUUAUCAGCAGCAUCCCCAGGUGGCAUUUGUGGUGUGGUGUUCUUGGCGGAUGGCUUGUCACUUCUGUCUGUUUUUAAAGCAAACCUUUUUAGCUCA